AUUUGGUGCGUCUGCGAACGCGUGUGCGUGUGUGAAUGGGCUGGGCUCUGCGUUGAUUGGUGCGGCAUCAAAACGUCGAGUGAAGCUUCCACGUAAAUAGUGCGGCCUUUACCUUAUCACUUCGUUUUUGAUUCUGUAGAUAUUAUAUUGUAACCAUGAGCGGCAGAGGAAAGACCGGCGGAAAGGUUCGGGCUAAGGCCAAGUCCCGUUCUUCAAGAGCCGGGCUGCAGUUCCCCGUGGGCCGUGUGCACAGGCUACUGCGGAAGGGGAACUAUGCAGAGCGAGUGGGGGCUGGAGCUCCGGUAUACCUAGCGGCUGUGCUCGAGUAUCUUACUGCUGAGAUCCUGGAGCUAGCGGGAAACGCGGCCCGUGACAACAAAAAGACCCGUAUCAUCCCCCGCCACCUUCAGCUGGCCGUGCGUAACGACGAAGAGCUGAACAAGCUGCUGGGAGGAGUGACCAUUGCCCAGGGAGGAGUGCUGCCCAAUAUUCAGGCCGUGCUUCUGCCCAAGAAGACCGAGAAGGCCAAGUGAACCGCGCACUCACCCAGACCACUACAACGGCUCUAAAGGGCCACUCGCUCUUUUAAAGAGCAGACUUUGUAAAAGGACAGACUUGAUAAAAUAACUUUAUCAAUAUUUGGUAUGCUUUAGUGAAAAGCUGCCCCCUACUGGUUGCAUUUAUUUUGUUAACAAGAAACGCACAUUCCACAUUACAUUAAUUCCUAUGUAAAAUGUAUGAUGAGCUUGUACAGUAGAUAUAGGAUAAAUUAUUGGCAAUCAUCUGACAAUCUGCUAAAUCGACCAGAGCAUGAACGUGUAAGCUUGUGUUUGAUGAUCUUAAGUCUGGACGCGGACCCCGCCCUGAGUCAGUUUAUAAAUUAAAAAUAUUGGUGUCCACCAGAGGGCACUAGAGCACCACUGUUUUAUUGUUUUGUUGGCACAAAUAUUUUGUUGGCUGUUUAAAAUUAGGACUUUAAAUAAUUCACAGUUGUUUAAUAAUUUCCAUAUAAUAAUGACAAUUUGCCUAUUACAUGUAUACUAAAAUAAACGUGAUCUCUAGAUUCGCAA